AUGAAAAAAUUUAAACAAAAAAUAUAUCGCAAAUAUGAAGACUACAUACGGCCUCAGGAUUAUUUGGAACCCAACGCACCGAAAUCCAUCAACUUAAGCAUUGACGAUUUUAAUGCGCGCGGUGAAGUUGCCAAUCCGCGUGCUCCAUGCGUGGUGACCACCAUCGAUCCGGAUUACAUAAAGGAUGCCAGUUUGCAGCGUCUGGCCAGGAAGUUUCGGAUGAAAACGGAUAUUUUAUUACUACGCGACAUAACAAGAAACAAAUUCAUGUGCUAUUCCACACAGGAGAUGUUUCUGGAUAGAAAACGCGAGGUGGAGUAUCAAAACAAGUUGUACGAGGAGGCACAGGAGUUGCACAAGUUUGCGGAUGAGUCUCUCAUGAAAAUGAAGGCCAACGAGUUUAAGAAAAUGUUGGAGGCACAAGAAAAACUAAAGAAGCUAAAGGAAAACAAAGUGGCCGAGGAACUUAACCAGGUGAAGCUGCAGCAUCAACGUGUCCUUAUGGAGGUCCAGGAGGUCUACGGUCGCUUUCAGUAUUUGCUUAAGCUGAUUAGCUAUUUUGAUGACACUGUGGAGCAGCAGUCGGAGCAGGUGGAUCCUAAACUGACUAUGCCCGAGCACAUUGUCAGCAUGGAAAUCAGCGAACGUCAUCCAGCUGGCUUGGAGCAGGUGCAGCAAGUUAAGGAGUACAUGGAGAAAGUGGUUAAGCCGUAUUUGGAUAAACGAAAUCAUUUGAAUGCCGAAAUUUGGAUUAAGGGCUAUGAGCGAAAUCGCUUGAAGGUGUCCAACUACAAUAGACGCUUCACGCAGCUGGCGCUGCUCAACCACAUUGUGGGCAUGCUCCAUGACAAGGCGGAGAAGACACAAAAACGCAAUGCGAGUGCUGUGGUGUUUCUCAGAAAACCGGAUUUUCUACAGAAUCGAGUGGCUGCACUGCAGCAACGUGCCCACGAGCUCUUUAACGACUUUGAAGAGUCCUACUGCAAAGACAAACUGAGCAUAAAACUCAAUAGUAUUGUGCCAGUGAUAUUGAAACAGUUGCAGAACAAAGUGCGACCGGAGCAGCAACAGCCAAAGAAGGAACCAAUCAAGUCGCCAGCACAAAAGUCAUCCAAGCAGUGGCGCACACUGAAGGACUUGCAAACGCCAGUGGUUAGUACAAAGAACGCCAUCUACAAGGACGAACAGGACACUACACUGGCCAAAUUGGAGAAAAUACAAACAUUCGCCUUGGAACUGCUGGGCAAACUGGACACCAUACCGCCGGCUGAGCUACGCAGAAUUGAGCAGAACGUGCGUUGUCGCCUGGCAAAGCAGAAGGAAAUGUCACGUCGUGCUCUGGUCAAGCAGAAUCGUCUGCACAACUGGAUGGAGCACUUUAAGAAGCAUCAUCGCCUGCAGCAGGCACAGCGUAACAAGAACAAGGUCUAGGCAUACACAGCGUGAUUCCUGAUUAACUCUAAAAUACACAAUAUACAUAUAAAUAAAAUUCAACGGCUGCUCACCUGACAUCUGUGCCGGCAAUGGCCAGAUAGGUGCCGCUCUGAUCGAAGCACAGAUCCUUGA